CUGAAACAAUCAAUGCAGAACAUAAACUGAAACCUCACGGUAAAGCUUGAGCAGUUAUAUCUAUUUACCGCUUGUUAUGGACCUAAAUAAUUUGUCCUGUUGGGAUUCUAUUCGGGAGAAGGUGAAACAACACAUACCAACUAUCGACUUCGAUUCUUCACCAUCCGAGAAUGAAGAGGUAGUCACUGUAUAUCAAAGACCAGCUGGUCUUUCCUUGAACGUCCAGAAAGAUUUUGACCUAUUUUCAAUGGGUGAUGAUGAACUAGAGGAGCUGAUGAAACCAUGCUGGUCAGAAAACAGUGUGAAGGUGGAUGACGAUUAUAUAGCACAAGGAUCUGCUGCCCCUCAGUGGAGUACACAACACUCUGAUGUCCAGGGGGACGCUUGUAAGAGAGAUGUUCUACAGAUGAACGGAGCCAAGCUGAAUGAUUCCCUAAAACUUAAAGGGGACAACACAAAAUCUAAUGAGGGUUCCCCUGUCCUCUCAUUUGCGAGGCUUGAUCAGUGGGACUUGGAUGAAGCCCUCAUAAAUCUAAAAAAGCAUGGGCUGCCUCUGCGACAACGUGUGUCAGUUGAACCUUCACAAGCAGAUGGUGACAAGGACAAGUCCCAGCAGGGUAUAAUGGAGAGACUAGUUGCUUUCUGUGGCAGUCAAUCAACUAAGUCCAUGUCUGAGCCUGUAAACUUUAACCACAUUAGACAGAAUAAUGUGGACAACAAACCAGUGGAGAGGAUUGAAGCCGAGCAGCACUGGGAAAGCCCAACAGUUUAUAUUGACCUGCGUUGCCCCGAUACUUCAACAACACAAAAAACAACAUUCCCAAAUGUUUCAUCAGAGUCCAAGUUAGCAUCAAAACUCAACACUAACCAGACAACAACAUCGAUAAACAAACCCAAACCUAAUGUGCAUGCUGGAUCACAGACAGGAAAUAGGGAAGUCACUGGCAAGAGUAUGCUGCUCCAGAAAAUCAGAGAGAUGAGGAGAAAUGAGAACACAUUUUCAGUGCCAGGGAAUAAAGCAGAUGCUAUGAAAGAGAACAUACCGCAGUCUGAAGAGUCUACAUGUGUCCACGAGUCACAUGAUGUGCAGGGAAAUAAAAAGUCAUCACAUGUAGAAUUUGACCGAAACCUUCAAAUGGAAAGCCCCCGAACAACUCAGCAAAUUACAAUCAAAGAAACAAAUCGUCCAAGGGAUCAAAUGAGACAACAAGUUAAUAAAACAUUACAACAUGAACAACGGAAGAUUCUUAAGGAACUGGAAAAACAUCGGCCAACCAAAUCUGUCGAUCAGAAGCAGCCAGCAGCUGAAAAGACUGAUGUGCUUUAUGAUUUCGAAGCAUCUCAUCUACAGGCGAUCUGUACACUAUCAGCAGAUAUUGAAAGUAAGGGUUGUAUGCUGCUGAUUGUCGACCUCUCAAGUCCUGGUACAGUCGGAGCAAGGGCUCAUGGGAGGAACAAACAUCGAAAUCCAGCUCUGUCCAAACCAGAUAUCUACAACACUUUAGUGGCUUGGCUUCUAUCUUUGGCCGGCCCAGAGCCACAACAUGAUGAAGGGGAGGUGAGUGCAGAGGUCCCAUUCUGGGUUGCAGGCCUUCAGCAGCUGUGGACAGAGGAUGGAUUGGUUUUGCAUGUUUUAGCCGUGGCUCGGAAAACUUACACGCCAAGGAAAAGGGACCGAGACAUCCACACACGGUUCUACACCCAUGUGUGCAGGUUUCUCACUGAGACUUCGCUCACUCAAAUCGCCCACUGGCUACCUCAGCUCAAAAACGUGCUGAACCGACAAACCUACGCCCCCCCCAUGGAUCUGCCCUCCUCCUGUUUGAAUGGGUUCAUCUCCACCACCACAAACAGAACGGUUAUAGUUCGGACAUUUGGCCUCAGACCAGGGUUUUACUGGCAGACUCUGGAAACUCAGGAGCAUGUGUGUAAGGGGAGAGAGAGCACACAGGAGCUGCACACUGAGGUAUCAGUUGCUCUGGGGCGCAGGGCUUUCUUCCUAGAUCCCCUCAUGACACACUACACCCUCCAGCUUAUUCUAGAAUCAGGACUGGAUGUGUGUGGCCUGCGGCUCCUUUAUCCACCGCACGGCUUCCUGAUUGACAGAUACGAUGCUGCUCCAAGUAUCCAGAGAACAGAUGAGUUCUGCCAGCCAGUUCUUGCCCUUGCUGUCCGUGGCCUUCAUGCCCUCAAAGCUUUGGACGAUUUAACUAGUUCCUUAGAUCCUCUGCUGCUCAGAAAUACAGAUCUCAACCCUCCCCCCUGCAGAGGUGCAGAGUCUCCCCUCUUCUACCCCCCUCCAAAGGCUAGUGGGGUCCACAGGGAGCUGUGCUUGUGGUUUUCAGGAAGACUUCCAGGACGAAGUGCACAGAAUCACAACCAACCACUAAAUAGAGUCGAUCCAUCAAAAGACAGAAGCGGAGGCAGCCUGAUCAAUUCGAGCAGAGCGCCUGCCUUUCUGUGUGCUACAACCAAAGCGGACUUACUCCUGGUGGUGUCUCCUGCCGUGCCUCCACGUUGCUACGGCCAGCUGCUGGCUGUGUGUGAGCGCCGAGGCUUCAGUGUGUUGGGGCUGCAGAGGCUGCAGCUGCAGAGCAAUGCAGCGGCAGUCCUCGGUAUCUCCACCCUGCAGGCACCUGUCUACUGCAGUCCCCAGCCUGAGAGCCUGGGUGAGGGUCAGCUAGAGUCACCCUCUCACUGUCUGGUGUUGUUACUGAGGAAAGAAAACGCAGCGCACCACAGUGUCAGUCUGCCAGCAGCCUUAAUGAGAGAAUUAAUGGCAAACAGGCUUCUGGGUAGCACCCACUCUGGACAUGAUGGUGUCAAACCCAGUUCCUGUUUCCACACCGUGCCUUACAGCAGUCACCAGCUCCACAUCUUUGUCAGGUGUAUGUGGGCGGUUCCGGAUCCUUCCACUGUGAUCUUGUCCCGUCAGCCGUCUCGACCCGACCCUGAGGUGGAGCAGGUGGUGGUUUUGACCUUGUGUGGGAAGGACAUGAGCCACGGGCUGAGCCUCCUACACAGAGCGCUGACAGAAGGGCUGGAAGGGGGAGUACAACAUAAAGGAUUCCAGCUGCUUGGGCUGAAGUGGCUUCCUGCGUUGACCCGACUCCAGGCUCAGGAGCUGAGUCCAUACGAGGUGGGGGAGCAGCUCUAUCCCGACAGCCUGGACACUCUGAUGUCCUCCCCCGCCCUUGUGUGUGCUCUCAGACGGGUGGAUGCUUUUGCUUCACUGAGACAUCUUCUACCACACGAUUACCCCGGUAACCUCAGCGCCGUGAUGUCCCCCACACAGGAAGUGGCUUUCAGACAAAGCUCCCUCUUCUUCUUCCAGCAUGAGAUGGUAGAUGACCCUCAGAUGCUGUUCACUGUGUGCCUGCUCAAGCCAGCAGUCUGGAAUCAAAGUCUGGCUCAAACCGUGCACACACUCCAGCUGAGAGGCCUCGCUUUGGUGGGCCUGCGAGUCGUGACUCUGGACAAAAUUACCGCCUCCUCACUACUGCCUGCAGAAGAUGAUCCUGAUGUGGAGUAUUUGUGCUCUGGCCCCUCAUUGGCUCUCUGCCUGCAGGGGGAGGGUGCUGUGAAGAAGCUGCUGGAUGCGGCUCAUUCAAACACUGGCAUGUAUGGAUCUGGAUCAGAUCAGAAAGCGAUUGAAGAUGUGAGGAGGCUUUUUCCAGAGGGGCUCUGCUGUUCUGAGAUCAGCACGAUGAGACAGGAGCAGAUACCCAGCAUGCGCUCAGACCCUUUAGCCUCUUUGGAGCGUGAGCAGAGCUGCACCCGGGCUUCUGUGGACCAGGAGGGGGGGUCACCUUCGACGGGAAAUAAUGGAGGCAUACACAGCUCUCCCUGGCAGACCACCUGUCUGCUGAUACCGGUAAACGCUGGUGGCCCUCUCAGCGGGGCGCCCCCCCAGCUGGAGCUGCUGGAGCGGCUGCUGGGGUCGGGAUGCCAUCUGGUGGCGGGGAGGAUGAGCACGCUGGACGCUGAGCAGAGGAAACACAUUGCUGAGACACUCAACAUGUCAUCCGGAGGACAGGAAGGGUUGUCCCACCUUUCCGCGACACCCUGUCUCAUCCUGGCUCUGCAGGGGAAAGCUGUUGUGACCGACUUCAACUCCAUCCUUGAAAGUAUUUACCAGGAGAGAACAGACCUGGCAAAGGUAGGGAAGAUGAUGAUCUACCCUGAGACUCAGAAAGAGGCCGAGCAGCUGGUGUGCUUUCUAUUUGACCCCUUGUCUACUGAGAGGUGUCACACAAAUGUGUCAUAAAAUGUAAAAGUAUGCCAACUUAUUAGUCAGUCUUUUUUUAAUAUCUGUUAUGAAAUAUGUCCUUUAUAAUUCAAAUUGUUCAGAAAAUACUUUUUGUUCUUAGAAAAUAUCCACAUUUUUCCAAGGUGCUGUAUUGAAAUAAAAGUGUACCCCUUUAAAAAUGAC